AUGGCUUACGACACCAAGUUCCCGAUAAUACUGCCCAAAGGACACCCGUUAACUAUCCUGUUACUGGACUGGUAUCACAGGAAAUUUCGUCAUGCCAAUAAUGAAACCAUUGUGAAUGAAGUUCGCCAGAAGUUCUACGUCGCCAAGUUGAGAACACGGAUCCGAGUCGUAGCAAAACGCUUUCAAUGGUGCCGUGUAUACAAAACUGUUCCCGUAAUUCCGAAGAUGAGCCAGCUACCGCAAGUUCGUACAACACCUUUUAUUCGGCCCUUCACUUUUGUAGGCAUAGAUUACUUUGGGCCCUACCAAGUGAAAGUUGGCCGCAGUGCUGUGAAACGCUGGGUAGCGAUCUUCACGUGCCUAACAGUUCGGGCCAUCCACCUGGAGGUAGUGCAUACGUUAUCUACCGAUUCGUGCAAGAAGGCAGUUCGGCGAUUCGUUGCUCGCAGAGGUGCGCCACAAGAGGUGUACAGUGACAACGGCACGAACUUCAUUGGAGCCAGUAAGGAACUAGAGAAUGAAUUGCGGGAUAUUAAUCGUAGCUUGAGCAGCACUUUCACCGACACGAAUACCCAAUGGAGAUUCAACCCGCCGUCUGCCCCACAUAUGGGUGGAUGUUGGGAACGGAUGGUUCGAUCCGUGAAGACGGCACUCGGAUCAUUGCCCAUGUCCCGAAAGUUGGACGACGAGUCGUUCAUCAAUUUGCUGGCUGAAGCGGAGCACAUGGUGAACUCGCGGCCUUUGACGUUUCUUCCAUUGGACAGCGAGGAGCAUGAAUCAUUAACACCGAACCGUUUCCUUAUGCUCAACUCAAACGGUGUUCGGCAACCAGUCAAAGCACCAGUGGACGAGAGACAAGCUUUAAAAGGCAGCUGGGAGCUGAUCCAGAACAAAUUGGACUCGUUCUGGAAUCGUUGGAUUGUUGAAUAUGAAUACCUUCCAAUAAUAUCUCGGCGGUCAAAGUGGUUCACCGAUGUUGCGCCCAUAAAGGAAGGAUCUUUGGUUGUGGUGGCCGACGGGAAGGUACGGAACCAAUGGAUACGUGGUCGUGUUUGUCGAACCUAUCCAGGUAAGGACGGAGCAGUGCGACUAGCGGACGUUGAGACAACUAACGGAACUUUAAGAAGGAGAGCGGUUUGCAACCUGGCUAUUUUAGACGUAGCUAGGCAGGAUGAAAUAGCAGUGGGCGAUCGUGAUGAUGCAGAUAGCGACGGGCGCAGUAUAGCCAGCAGUCGCGGAUACGGUGCCGCUGAACAAGGGUUCAGCAAGGGGGGAGGAUGUUGUGACGAAUGCGUCUAA